GAAGGUGAUCAAUCUCCAUCCGUCUACAUUAGCAAUCACCUUUUACACCGACGAGCCUCCGAAAGCUUAAAACGAGUAUAUCUGGGGUUUUUUUUAAUAAUAAUAAUAAAAUUAAUAACAAUAAAAAGCUGCGUCGAAAACACAACGCUGAGAAUUUGAGAUUUAACCAUUUAAAGCAGAAAAACACCCACACAGAGAUUUAGGAGUUUAAACUCAUUUAUUUGGGGUUUGUUUGUUGUUGAUUUUUUUUUCUUCUUCUGUUCGCUUUCUUGAUCUCUUCUAUUGGUUGGAUAUUUUUUUUAUUGCUGCUGUGUCAAGAAUUUGAGAAAACACACACGACCGGGAUAUUUUAAAGAGGAUCUGUAUUUUUUGGAGGCUUCAGCGUUCAGGCAAGCUGCAUUACCGGGGCGAAUCGCGCGCGAUCUGGGCCGAACCGGGGCGACCCGCGCCUGCCUCUAGCAUGAUGUCAUACCUCAAACAGCCCCCUUAUGCCAUGAACGGCCUGGGGCUGAGCGGAGCCGCCAUGGACCUGCUGCAUCCCUCCGUCGGCUAUCCAGCAACACCGCGGAAGCAGCGGAGAGAGAGAACCACCUUUACGCGCUCACAGCUCGAUGUUCUUGAAGCUCUUUUUGCCAAAACGCGUUACCCGGAUAUAUUCAUGCGCGAGGAAGUGGCCCUAAAAAUCAAUUUACCUGAAUCCAGAGUGCAGGUGUGGUUUAAGAACCGUCGGGCAAAGUGUCGUCAACAGCAGCAGAGUGGCAACAGCAACACAAAAGCUCGGCCAGUCAAGAAAAAAUCGUCUCCCACUAGAGAAAGCACAGGCUCUGAGAGCAGUGGCCAGUUCACACCACCGGCUGUCUCCAGCGCCGGCUCUGCUUCCUCUUCCACCUCCUCCUCUUCCUCCUCCUUGACCAACAACAGCAUGUCUACCUCAAUUGGCACCGUCUCAUCCAUCUGGAGCCCAGCCAUGUCUCCAGGUUCGGCGCCUCCUCCCUCCUCGUCUCUCUCUGAGCCUGUUCCGCCCUCCAGCGCCUCUUGCAUGCAGCGCUCCAUCUCUGGUUCUGCCUCUUCUGCCACCUCUUCCUCUUACCCUAUGUCCUACAAUCAAACAGCCACAUAUGGCCAAAGCUACCCCACACCAUCCGGAUCCUACUUCAGUGGCGUGGACUGCAGCUCCUACCUGACACCCAUGCACUCGCACCAUCACCCGCACCAACUGAGCCCCAUGACACCAUCUUCUAUGUCUACACACCCCCACCACCACAUCAGCCAAUCUUCAGGUCACCACCAUCACCACCACCAUCACCAGGCAUACAGCGGUGCCGGCCUGACCUUUAACACCUCUGACUGCCUGGAUUACAAGGACCAAGCGGCAUCCUCCUGGAAGCUCAACUUCAACACGGCGGACUGUUUGGACUACAAAGACCAGGCAUCCUGGAGGUUCCAAGUCUUGUGAUCUGGUGGUGGUUAUUGUAUUUUAUUUUUUUAUUAUUUUCUCCCCCUCACUUUUUUUCCCACCCUUCAGUCACUCGAUCACAUACUUCACUCUCACGGUUUUUAAUAGUGUGCUGAGUUUCUAUAUAUAAAUAUAUUAAAACAAAAAAAGUUAUACGGACUUAGAGUUAACAAAAUAGAUGUUCAGCAUCAUAUUCUAAAAAGAGGAGCCCUGUGUUUGGAGAAGAAAGAGAAUCAUGCAACCCUGUGGAAGAGCUUUUCUGUGCAUCAAAACGAUUACAGUCGGUUUUAAGCAACCCGACUUUCAUCUUUUCACCCCAUUGCCCUCUUCAGCUCUGGAGUAAAAUAAACAUUGCGCAAGACUGUGAACUCUGUACAGAUUUUUUUUUUCUUAAAUCGGUUAUUUUUAGUCUGCGAGAGAUUUUUGUGUUUUUAAUCAGCUUGAGCCGAGCUGCAUCUUGUAUAUAGGUUUAUGGGUCCGUUCCAGUGACCACAUUUUAGCUGGCGUUGACGGAAUUUAAGAUUGUUAAUACUUUUAUGUUAAAUCUUUGGGUUAUUUUGUUUUGUUUGUUUUUUCCCCCCUGAAAUUUCCCCAGAUGAAGUGAAGAACAGCGCGCUGCUUAUUUCGGUUUGGUUCUCCUGGAGUUCUGUAUUGGAGGCGUGAUCCCUACAUGUCUAAGGGAGAAAUAAAGUGUAAAGGAAUAAUAAAAAAAAAAGUACAAGACACAUUUAGAGUAGGUGAAUUUUGGGGAUUUGUCUUUUCGGUUAAUCGGAUUUUUUUUACGUACAAAAUUUCAUUCGGAAGCAGAAACUGGAUCAUUUUGAGGAGGUUUUUCUUCAUCGGGCAGCAGCACGGACGUCGGACACAUUUUCUUAGCACUUGACGGACUUUUCCCCACUUUUGGAGAGAAAAUGUGGACUUUAAAGGAACAUUUUUUUCCAAAAUGCCAGUGAGAUGUUGAAUGUAUUUCAGGCGCAGGCCAUUUACAUUCCUGUCCGUAAUAAUAAUUAAAAUAAUAAAGAACAGUUAACUACCAA